CAAGAGACGUUCCCAAUGCAAGGCACAAUGUGUUCCCUGUGCAGCGGGGCCUCCAAAGUCUGCCAGCCAGUGAGAUGGGUAAACGACUGGCUUUUGGGCCUACUGGACCUGGAGACGCUGAGCAUAAUACUUCGCAAGCAGCGCGGGGAUUUCACCGACAUCGCCGAGCUGUAUGCGCCCUCGCGACAUGACCAGGAGGCCUUCGCCGUGCCCGCCGCCGACUUCGUGUACUCUUGCAGCUUCGAUAACACCCUCUGUGAUUACAGGGACUACUCAACGUGGACCAGCAACAGCUACGGCACAUGCUAUACCUUCAACUCCGGCCUCGAGAGCGCGGACUCUCCAAGCAUCACCCCGAGGAACACUUCCGUUUCCGGUCCCAAGAACGGCCUGCGCGCGGUAUUCAACGUACAGGCCGGUCUCGCCCUACUGUCGCCCGAAGAUGGGCUGCGGGUGAUCGUCCACAGCCCUUACCUCACGCCCGUGCCCGAGGAAGAGGGCUUCAACGUCGGCCCUGGGUCCUCGUCGGUGGCCGUUGGGAAGACUGUGUUCACACGCCUUGGCCCCCCUCACGGCAGAUGUCAGCCUGAUCCUUCCAACACUCUUCAGUACUCCACCAUGAUGUGCAAACAGCUUUGCCUGGAGCGAGAAUACCGGAGGCGAUGCAGGUGCUACGCGCUCUUCGUCCAGGAACACAACAACACGAAAAACGACCUGGAGGAAGUUGACAUCCGCUGCUCCCUCUUCAAUACCACUCAGAAGGUGUGCAUGAAGAAGAUAGCGGCAGACGAUCUCGAUGGCGUCUUGGAGUGUGACUGCCCAUUACCUUGCCGAGAAACACAGUAUAGGUCACAGGUCACCUCAACGCGGGCGAACAUGCUGCACUAUGAACUACUUCACAAGCUCAGGAAAAAUGUUGCUAGCUUUUGCUCCGACAAAAUGGAUACGGUUGUUCUACAUGUAUAUCUUGACUCCAUUUCCUACGAGUUGAUCGACGAGAGUCCGACUUACACUUGGGAUACCUUACUGUGUAAUCUGGGCGGAUCUCUCGGCCUUUUCGUGGGUGUGUCCAUGUUGAGUAUCCUGGAAGUGUUGGAGCUCCUUGUGGAUUUGUGUAUCUUGACCUUUUCAAAAAAGAAGAGAGGACGGGAAGAUACAAGAGAAUGGAACCAAGACGAAGGAGAGUUAGUCAAGGUGCAAACACAAGGGGAGAAGAACGUGAACUUCGCAUGGAUGCUAGAUGGAAAAGUCAGAGAGUGUUCUGUUAAGUGUGCGUCGCAGUCCGAGGUGGAAGAAUUAAGAGAAGAGCUCCAGCACUUGAAGAUGGCCUUUGCAACACACACCGGAGCCAGAGCCAUCUCGGAAGCAAAGGCAGCCCGGCAGCACCAUCCUCAGGAGAACAGGGAUCUACACGAGGCUUUUCACAGUCUGUUCAUGAACAAGGAACAAUAGGGGAUUAAUAAACUCGAGGCGCACCGACCACAAUGGAAGAAUAUAGAGCUUUCUUUUCCUUCAUUUUGAGGUAAAUCACAUUAGCCGAUUUCUUUGAAGGUUAAUGAUGAUGGUACUUGGUUAAUAUUAAUGAAUACGGGGGUGGAGUUGUUAUAUGGUUUAUUGUGACUGAAUAUGACAAGUGCAAUGUGUCUUAAUAUAAUGAAAAUGCAAUACGGUUGCAUGCCGUGAUAUGAGUGAAAUGUGACAUAAGUUUAAUGACAUGCUGAUCCAUCCCUUAAAUAUAUGAUAG